AUGAAAGAACAAGACCAUGAAAAGAGAAGGCUACAAUUCACAAAAACUCCAAUUUCUACCACCAAAAGGGACAUCACAACUCCAAUAACAACUGUUCCUACAAUAACUCCCACCAAUCCCACUUCAUCAAUACCAAUUGUCAACCCAAAUUCAGACCCAGAUUCAACCUCUCCAGUCAGUGCAACCCCUAGGAUGACCCCAUUUUCUACAACACCAUCAUCCACUGGUUCAAGUUGGUGUGUUGCUAGCCAAAGUGCAUCCCAAAUGGCACUACAAGUUGCUUUGGACUAUGCUUGUGGCUAUGGGGGCACAGAUUGCUCAGAAAUUCAGGCUGGUAGAAGCUGUUACAACCCAAACAAUAUCCGGGAUCACGCUUCUUUCGCGUUCAAUAACUACUAUCAGAAAAACCCAGUUCCAAAUAGCUGCAAUUUUGGUGGAACUGCUGUGAUCACUAGCACUGACCCAAGUACUGGGACAUGUCAAUAUCCAUCUACCAGCACAAGUUCAUCAGUCUUGAACACAACAAAUACAAGUGGCUCAACUGUUUUUGGUGCUUCUGGCCCUUCGACCUCAGCAUCUGCAGCAGCUGCAAGCUCACAUAGCCUUAGAAAUGUAUUCAUCAUGGCCUGUUUAAUUUUGUUCACAACAUAA